AUGAUGACAUGCUUGUAUCUUGUGUUUGUUGUGUUUCAUGUGGCUGCAGGCUGCGCUCUCUCUGGUGAUGAACUGAUAGAAAUCACACGACACAGCGGUGAUUCAGUGCUGUUACCCUGCUCCUGCUCUGACAACAGAGCCUCAGACCUUCUCAAACAUCAGCAAACCACCUGGUGGACCUACAGAACAGGGACUGCAACAGAAGUGUUAAAUGAUGAGCACUACCGUGGCAGACUUCAGCUGUUUAAUAACAUUUCUCCUGCUAAUCUGUCUCUGUUCAUAUCUGACCUAAGAGUAGAGGAUCAGGGAGUCUACAGGUGCAGCACUGAGAAGGAAGACAGAGACAUCAGGCUUUAUGUUAAUGGCUGUGAGCUGGUGAAGAAGACAGAGGUAGAGCGUGUGACUGUGUUCACAGGAGAGUCUGUAGUUCUGCCCUGCGUCUGCACUGACAUACAGGACAAACCACAGAAUCUAAAAUGGGAGUUUAGUAGAAACAGUCACUUUCAGCAAAUUUACCCUAAACAGACUGGACAUCACAGAAACAGAGUCAAACUGGUCAGUAACAACUCUCCAGGAAACCUCUCUCUACUCAUAUCAGACCUGACUAAAGAGGACCAGGGAGAAUACACAUGUUCUGUACAGGCUGAUAGAAAAGAUUUAAGACUAUCUGUUAAAGACAGAAAACCUCCAUCAGAACAGCCUCAGGGUAAAACAACACACUCCACAACUGCAUCAUCCUCAACAACACUGGAACAAGGUAAAGAGCAAACUCAUUCACACCUAGGAGCUAUUUUUGGCAUUUCGGGUGUUUUAUUGUUCGUGAUACUUGCUGUAGCGGCAUUAAUUUGUUGGAGAUCAUUAGGAGGAAGAUGUGGAGAGAAAAUGAUUACUGAAGGACAUCAGGACUGUGAGAUAAAGCAGAAGUCACAGACUGUACCUGAUGCUGUUUAUGUUAAUGUGACGUGUGUUACCACUGCCAGAGAAGCACGGUUCCAGACCAGCGGUGGAGAGGAAAAUGAAUAUGCCAGCAUCAUAAAAUAUUAA